UGUCUUUCCUUCUUGGACGCCCUGCCCUUAGUGUUUAUCUCUGUUUGGUGGUCUUCUUUGUGCCUGUGGUCUGUGUAAUUGCCAUUGGGGAAUGUUUGGAGAGGGGGCUUGCAAUUCAAAUCCUUCAGAUUUAGUUCAAGUUUGAACUGAAUUCUGAAAAUUCCUAAAGCAAUCCUCCUCAUCCAAGCGGGCCUUGAUAGUGUUCUUGGCCAUCCUCCCUUUUUCUCCUUGGAUUUUGUAGCUCUUCUUUUUUUCUUUUCUUUUUGAAUAUUUAGCUCUUCUUUUUGAGGAAGAAAAGGGUUCAAAUCAAACCUUGCAAUUGCCUGUUGCCUUGCCUCUGUCUCUUCUUGAUGCUUCUCUGUCUGUCCCUUUCCGUGUGAUUGCGAAUUCAGCAGCUGCUAAUUAACUGUAGUUGAAACCAAGAUCAGUUUCUCCUUGUCUGUACGGUAAUCUCCUGCUCCAGUUGGACACCGGCACGGUUACAUAACUUAAAUAAACCAGUCUGGUUUAAUCCCUCCCUCGUUUCCUUCACAAUUGGGAAAAAUGAGAGUCAGAGCACUGCAACAAGCCAAGAACAUGUUAAAUAUUUUCCUUGGAGUUUUACCCUGCGAACGAAAGAUCCUAUCUUCUUUGAAUUUGUCAUGCGCGUAAGGUAGGAGAUCGCAUCGCACGGCAACCAACCGACCAAGAAACAGAGGCUUCACGUCUCCUCCUUUCUGCCCCUGCUUGCCUUGCAUCUCGGAUCGGAUCAAGAUCAACUAAUCGCGGCCAUUGCCGAUGAUCACUGGCUAACUGCCAAGACGGCUCCGCUCCGGCUUCUCGAAGCUCCGGCUCCCUUCCGGACACUCUGGCCCUCUCCGUGGCGCCGCAGCUUUGCACCUUGAGCGAGGAGCAUGCGAGAUUGCUCUCCUCCGUCGUCGUCACUCUCACGAUCGCAGCGUCGCUGCUGCCGAGGGCGUCUCCCGUAGACAACGGCUAAUGGCUGCACCUGCGUCUAGCUACUAAUUUGGAGGGUCGGAAAGAAGUGCGCAAGAAGUGAUGGCUAAGAUGAGCUGCUUCCCCACUCUGUUCGCCGGCAGGAGGAAGAAGCAUGGCAACGUCGCCGACGCCAAGAAGGUCAGCGGCAACGACUGCCCCAAGGUGAAGCCGGUGGAGUUCAUCAACACGCCGGUUGCCGCCGGCGUCGGCGAAUGCGGGGAGAAGGUCGCGCCGCACGAUGUCAAGGUCGCCGCCGCGGACGACGAUACGGUCCCCGUGGCGGCGCGCAAAGGAGGUGACUUAUUCGGUGACAAGGCGUCGGUGAAGGGGGACGAUCUGUCGGAUUUCGAGUUCGACUUCCACGCGGGCAAGAAAAGGAUGUCCUUGGGAUCCGACGGCGACGGCGCGGAGAAGGGUGACGCUGGCACGGCACCGGGCGCGGCGGUGGACGCGGGCGACGCGGUGGUGGACGCGUCGCCGAAGCUGAAGCGGUCCUGCUCAAACAUCGAGACGAAGCGGCCCGGCCCGCGUGACGCGCCGGAGAUGCCGGCUCGGUCGCGCUCCUAUGGCGAUCUGAGGGACCUCCACGGCGGCCUCGCCCUGGAGACCAGAACCCCGCGCGACGAGCCGGAGGCGAGCCCGGCGUCGUUUAAGACGUCGCGCACGGCCGACCGCGUGAUGCUGAAGAAGCGGUCGUCGAGCCAGGUGCUGCCCUCGCGCAGCCGCAAGCUGUGGUGGCGGCUCUUCUUAUGGAGCCACCGCAACCUACACAGACCGUGGUCGGCGCGCCCAGCAGCCGGGUCCUCGCACAAUCGGCACGGCGGUUACACCUCGGACACGUUCGAGGAGGGCCCGGCCACUGCAGCCAACCGCAAGAACAAGAAAGUGAUGGUGGACGACUCGCCGCCGCCGCAGAUCCCCAACCAGUGGGUUUCCUUCUCCGCUGAGAACUCCCUCGUCGACCGCGUCAGCUCGUGGGUCAGCAGCAUCGAGAACGAGUCGUUCCGCAUCACCGAGGACGAGUUCGAGGACGACCGCAGCGACGAAAUUGAAGACGGCGAUGAGCACGGUGAGUGCGCGGCGCGUCCACGUCCCCUCGAGCUCGGGGAAUCGUCGUCAGGGAAGGGCCACGGCAAGUCCAAGCGAUGCACGGCGGCCGACGAGGUCGUCCAGGCCAACAGCAUCGUACAGUCCCUGAAUGCCUUCUCGUCGGUGGCGCACAUAUCCGGGAUGGGCCUCAAGGUCGUGCCCAUGAUCGCGCCAUUCUCGAGCCUCCGGGCCGUCAACCUCUCCAGCAAUUUCAUCGUUCAUAUCUCCCCGGGAUCGCUACCGAAGGGACUGCACUCGCUCGAUCUGUCGAGGAACAAGAUCCCAACCAUUGAGGGGCUCCGGGAGCUGACGAAACUGCGUGUGCUCAACCUCAGCUACAACCGGAUUUCGCGCAUCGGGCACGGUCUGUCGAACUGCACGGCGAUCAGGGAGCUCUACCUCACCGGCAACAAGAUCAGCGACGUGGAGGGGCUGCACCGGCUGCUGAAGCUGGCGGUGCUGGACCUGGGCUUCAACAAGAUCACCACGGCCAAGGCGCUGGGCCAGGUCGUGGCCAACUACCACUCCCUCCUGGCGCUCAACCUCGUGGGCAACCCGGUCCAGGCCAACGUCGGCGACGACGCGCUGCGCAGGGCGGUGACGGGGCUCCUCCCGAACCUGGCGUACCUCAAUAAGCAGCCCGUCAAGCCGCAGCGCAGCACUCGGGAGGUAGCCACGGACAGCGUUGCGCGCGCCGCGCUCGGCGGAGGCGGCUCCGGUGGCGGCAGGAGCCAGCGCAGGCGGGCGUCGAGGCGGCUGGCCCAGAGCCCCAGCUCUUCGUCGUCGGUGAGGGGCGGCGGCGGGGACGGGAGCGUUAGGAGCAGGUCCAAGGGCAGGCACCAUGGCUCAUGCUCGACAAGGAAGUGAAAUUGUUUGGAGGGAAUCGCCAUGCAUUAGAGCAUUUGAAAUUGUUUGGAGGUAAUUGCGAUGGAACAAUAAUGUACAUACUUGUUUUUGUGUGUGUGUGAGAGAGCGAGCUGCACUUUAAAUGGGGCAAGCAUGCUAGAUCUCUGUGAUUCUUUUGGUUACUUUAUAUAUAUUCCGGGGCAAAAACGAAGCCCGAUUUGAAGUUUU